CUGAGGUAAAUGCCGUGUCUGUAAUAUUUCCCAGAUGGCUGUACAAGUUUCAUAUAUGACUCUUCUUAUUGUACUAUGUGACAUUCUGAAUGAAUAGGCUAAAGAACGAAAUCCAAGUCCAGUGGAGAGGAAUCUGUAACAAAAUAAAAAAAAACCUAUAGCUAUACAGGGUGACUCAGUCAUCAGUACAUUAUUUUUGAAAAACUAAUGACUGAAUCGCCCUGUAUAUUUUACAAAAUAAAUAUUCUUAUCUUAGUAUCUACUUAUGCAUUUCCUAUACCUAUAUUUCUUGUUUACACUUUUAGGUGAAGUAGCAAAAACCAAAUGGAAAGGAUUACGAGAUACCUUUCGAAAAGAGUAUCAGAAAACUAUUAAAUACAAACAGUCCGGUGCAGCAGGAGGGGAAAAAAGUGGUUCUUCUUGGCCAUACUUCGAGAGUUUGUAUUUUUUGGCAGAUCAAAUGACGCCACGGGAAACUUCGGGAAAUAUUUCGUUACCUAGAGAGAAUUCAUUAUUACCAGUAAACGAGAAAUCAAAUAACGGACUAGACGCAGAACCAGAGUCUCCUAAAACGCAAAAUACCGACGAUAACCAUACGAACGACGCAAUACAGGUUUUACAAUCUACAAGUACUGCCAACCAAUCUAAACGACCUAGGGAAGACCAAAAUUUAUUGCCUGAAACACAACAGCAGGAGCCAUUACGUAAACAGCAGGAAUCCUCAAGCAAGAAACAACAAACUCUGCCAUCGAAAUCUGCAAAACGCGGAAAUGAUGUCCAAAAGAGGAUGCUUGCUUUAGAAGAAGAAAAACUAAAUUUUUUUAAACAAAGAAAAGUGGAAACAGAUAUACACAAAGAUUAUGACUACCAUUUUUUAAUGAGUUUACUACCUCAUUUCAAAAAUGUAAAAGAUGAAAGAAAGCUCCAUGUACAGUUACAGCUGCAACAAGUUCUUCUGAACGAGAUAACAUCCUACAAAAGUCAGCCAUCAGGUCACGUAAUUCUCCCAAAUAGAUUUUCCGGGGUCCACGCUUCAUAUUCUACUAGUACUACUCCUCAAUCAGAACCAUCACCUGCUUCUUCAACUCAAUCGAGCUGGUAUGACUUAUCUUCACCUCCACUUUUCUCUCAACCUUCCGUAUCCCAGCAUUCCAAUUCACUAAAUAGAAAUAAACCUGUUCCUGAAAAUGAAGUUCCAGAGGAGGAACACCAAGACUGUCGAGAAGACUAUAGUAUUGCAACAUAUGUUACCAAUUUCACGGUUUAAAAUUAACAUUACCCUAAUUUUACUACAAGUUUUACUUACCUUAAUGUUAUUGUUAGCUUUUCGGAUGGAGAAAUACAU